AUGGCUCCCAAGAAGAAGCAACAGCAGACUAUGUCCCUGGGGGACUUUCUGACUGAUUCUGGUUUUGGUGGUGGCUCUUGGGCUGAUGAGGUUGAGGAGACCUAUGUUACUGGCACUCAGCCCCUCCCCUCAAGCGACCGCUCCCGCCUUGGUGGCAGCGGCGCUACUUCGUCCUGGCAGGACCGAGGCUAUUCUGUUCGCGAGAGUGCCCCCGCGACACUUCCUGAGCGUCCUCCAUUCACUGCUCAUCUCGGAAACCUCUCUUACGAUGCGACGGUCGAAUCCGUCACUGACUUCUUCGCCGGAUGUGAAAUCAUGAGCGUCCGAAUCAUUGAAGACCGGGAAAUGAUGCGCCCCAAGGGCUUCGGUUAUGUCGAGUUCACCGAUCUUGACAGCCUCAAGAAAGCUCUUCAGCUUGAUGGCGAGUCCUUCCAGGGACGCAUGAUCAAGAUCAAGGUCGCCGAUCCUCCCCGUGGUGGUGACAGCCGCAUGGACUCGAACCGCGAUCUCAGCGAUUGGACUCGCAAGGGCCCCCUGCCUGAUCUUCCAGGCCGUGGUGGUGGUAGCAGUCGUCAACCCUCCGAGUUUGGUGGCGAGCGCAGAAUGCGCGACCCUGCUCUAGAUUCGAACCGUGGCGGCCCUACUCGCGAGAUUAACUGGGAACGCCGUGGUCCUCUCUCUCCUCUCCCAGCCCAAGAGUUUGGUGGUCGCGAAGGCCGCGAUGACAGCCGUCCCCCUCGUCCUGCCCCCGAGGGUAUGGGUGAGCGCAGCGAGUCGUUCCGUGGGUCUCGCGCUGAGCGACCCGAGAGGCCCGAGAGAGUCGAGAGGAGCCCCACUGCCGCCGAGAAGGACUUCCAGUGGCGCGACCGCAUGCGCCCGGAUGCCGGGAAGCAGUCGCCUUCCCAGGAGGGAGGUGAGGAGACUUCCGCUCCCGCUGCUUCUCCCGCUGCUGCCCCGGCCCCUGCCAGCCGUCCCCGUCUGAACCUCCAGAAGCGUACGGUCACCGAGUCUGGUGACGCCAGCGCUUCCGCUGGCGACGCCAAGGCCAGCCCAUUUGGCGCCGCCCGUCCCAUUGACACUGCUGCUCGCGAGCGUCAGGUUGAGGAGAAGCGCCAGCAGGCUAUCCAGGAGAAGCGCGAGGCCGAUGAGAAGGCCAAGGAAGAGCGCCGUCUCGCUAAGCAGGCUGCUAAGGAGGCCGAGGCCGAAGCCGAGGUCAAGGAGGCUGAGGCUGAGGCUGAGGCUGAGUCCAAGGAGGAGGUCAAGGAGGAGGCCAAGGAGGAGGCCAAGGAGGAGGCUAAAGAAGAGGAAACCCCUGCCGCCACCGAGGCCAAGGAUGAUGAGGAGAAGCAAAAUGGCGCCGAGAAGCAGCUGCCCGUGCGCAGCCGUGAGCCUCGUGAGCCUCGCGAGCCGCGCGAGCCGAAGGAGGGCGUUCCCAACUACAAGUCAAGAGCUGCCGAGGCCGGGAGCUGGAGAUCGGCCUCCGGUGAACAGCGCGGCGGUCGUGGUGGUGGCCGCGGUGGCCGCGGCGGCGCUCCCCGGGGCGGUCGCAAUGAUACCCGCGGACCCCGUGCCAACGGUGCCAGUGCUCAGCAGAGCGCUGCCCCCUCUGAGGCCGGCGACGCUACUACUGUUGACGAGGAUGGCUGGACCACUGUGCCCAACAAGAAGGGUCGUCAGGGACGCCCUUAA